UGUUUGGUCUAGAAAAUAACAUUGAACGGAAUCCAUAAUGGCCAGAAGACCUGAGCACUCAGCACCGCCAGAAAUUUUCUACAACGAAAAUGAGGCAAAGAAGUAUUCAACAAACACUCGCAUCAUUGAAAUUCAAGUUGAAAUGGCCGAGCGUGCACUGGAACUGCUGGCUUUUCCCGACGACGAUGAAUCCCGCUUGAUUCUGGACAUUGGCUGUGGCUCUGGUCUGUCGGGCAGCGUCCUGGAGGACAGCGAUCAUAUGUGGAUCGGUAUAGACAUAUCCAAGUCAAUGCUAGACAUUGCCGUCGAGAGGGAGGUGGCCGGUGAUGUUAUACUGGGUGACAUGGGCGAGGGAAUGCCCUUUAAGCCGGGUACUUUCGAUGGCGCCAUCUCAAUUUCGGCUCUCCAGUGGCUGUGCAAUGCCGACAAAACCUACCACAAUCCACACAAACGUUUGCACAAGUUCUUUAGCACACUCUUCUCCUGCCUCACGCGUACGGCCCGAGCCGUUUUUCAGUUUUAUCCGGAGAAUUCCGAUCAGAUUGAAAUGGUCACAUCACAGGCCAUGAAGGCCGGCUUCUACGGCGGAUUGGUUGUGGACUAUCCAAAUUCUGCCAAGGCUAAGAAAUACUACUUGGUACUGAUGACGGGUGGAGCGGCGGAGCUGCCGAAGGCGUUGGGUGCCUCACCGGAGGAGGAGCGUCGUGUAAACUACAUAAAGAAGCGCGAUGCCUGUCGCGAGGCGCGCGGCAAGGCUCCGAAGAAAUCACGAGACUGGAUAUUGGCCAAGAAGGAGCGGAGACGUCGCCAGGGCUUGGAGACCCGUCCGGACACAAAAUACACGGCACGCAAACGCACUGGACGAUUUUGAUUAAAGAGAACCAGCUCACGCGAGUCUUA